CUGGCCACGUCCCCGGGCCACGUCGCUCGGUGCCCGCUGAGCUUGCGCCAUCUUCGCUCCCCGGCUCCGGCUGCGCCGCCGCCUCUGCCGCCGCCAUGAACAUCUUCCGCCUCACCGGGGACCUGUCCCACCUGGCGGCCAUCAUCAUCCUGCUGCUCAAGAUCUGGAAGAGCCGCUCCUGCGCGGGUAUUUCUGGGAAAAGCCAGCUUCUGUUUGCACUGGUCUUCACUACCCGUUACCUGGACCUCUUCACUUCAUUCAUUUCAUUGUAUAACACAUCUAUGAAGCUUAUCUACAUCGCUUGCUCGUACGCCACCGUGUACCUGAUCUACAUGAAGUUCAAGGCCACCUAUGAUGGAAACCAUGACACCUUCCGAGUGGAGUUCCUGAUAGUUCCUGUUGGUGGGCUCUCUUUUCUUGUCAAUCAUGACUUCUCUCCACUGGAGAUACUGUGGACCUUCUCCAUCUAUCUUGAAUCGGUUGCUAUUCUCCCUCAACUUUUCAUGAUCAGCAAAACUGGGGAAGCAGAGACCAUCACUACUCACUAUCUUUUCUUCCUGGGUCUGUACCGUGCCUUGUACUUAGUCAACUGGAUUUGGCGCUACUACUUUGAGGGAUUUUUUGACCUCAUAGCUGUUGUUGCUGGUGUGGUCCAGACCGUUCUGUACUGUGACUUCUUCUAUUUGUAUGUUACAAAAGUUCUCAAGGGAAAGAAGCUCAGUUUGCCAGCGUAAGUGCCAAAACAUCACCAGCAUCUGUCCUGUUGGAUGCUUGGACAGAACAAUCCUUAUCACAAGCAAAGGUGAAGAUGCUUGAGACAGAAAGUCAGAAACACAGCUCUUUAUAGUGCAGGUAGUCAUCAGCGGCUCUGUAAGAACGGAGGAAAAACAACCAGCAGAUUUCUGUUUGAUGCAUCUUGCCUUUAUCUUUUUUAUUACUAUGUAUAAAGAUUUUUUACAUAAAGAAACUUAUACUGUAUUAAUAAAUUCAGUGUAUGGUUUCAAUUGGAA